AGUCAAAACAGCAGCCGCUUUCAGCGGCAAGUGGAUCAAAAAAUAAUUCUCAAAAGUUCAAAACUUAAGAAAUUUAAUAUUUUGAAACAAGUUAUUGAUCAUAUUUAUUCCCAAAAUGAAAUGCCAUGUGCCUGGAUCAAACGUUAAAGUGUUAGGGCGUACAAUACAUGCCCUAGCUAGAUUUGGAGAUGAACUUUACUUGGAAUCUUUGCCGGAUUGUAUUAUGUUUCGUACUCUCAACGCUGCAGAAUCGGCGUAUGCAAUGGUGAAGUUUAAUAAGAGUUUCUUUUCAUAUUUUAACUACAACUACUACUCGACUGAUGAUAAUGAGGGAUUGAAAUGUAAAAUAUCUAUGAAGUCUGCACUAAAUACAUUCAAAUCGCCUACACAUAUGGACAAACAAGUUGAGAAUCUCGAAAUAAAACUUGACCCUGAAGCUUGUAAAUUGAUAUUCCAGAUGAAAUGCAAACACGGAAUUGUAAAGACACAUUAUGUUUCUAUACUAGAUUGUAAGGCGAUGCAGGCUGUGUACACCAAGGAUUUAGUCCCAAAUAGAAUCACAUCUCACCACAGAAUACUGUCAGAAGCCCUCAGUAACUUCCAGAGCUCUGAUGAUCAAGUCACAGUAGAAGCUCAAUCACAAUCACUAUUACUGAGGAACUAUAUUGACUCAAAUGCAGAUCUUACUAAAGUUAUACGAACUCAAAUCAACCUAAAGCCUUCAGAAUUUGAUAGUUACUCAAUAGGAACUGACACUACAAUAACUUUUACUCUAAAAGAAUUUCGAGCACUGCUAGGUUUUGCCGAAGCACUGACUUUGUCAUUGCAGUUACAUUUUGAGACCACAGGCAAGCCUGCAGUGUUCAUUGUGCACAACGGGGCUACCUUCGAAGCACAUUUUGUGUUAGCAACAUCUAAAGCUGACACCCCUACGCAAGCUACCACACAAAACACAACAUGCCCCGACAGAGGGAAACGGAAAGAAACCAUGGUACAAGGGUCAGCUAGCAAGAAACCUCAUUUAGAUGUAGAUAUUUCAAAAUGCUUAGAUGAGGAUUCACAUUUGUUUAAUUUCAUUGACAUGCCCGAUGAGAAUAUGCCUAUGAAUGGAAGCCAUGUUGACCAAGGAGGCAAACAAAGUGAAGACUGUGAUAUGAAUGCAAACAGUAAUGGAUUAGACCAUAACCAAAUGCUGGACAGCAGCCACAUUCCCGCCUCUCCCACAUCCAGGACUAUGGUUAAGUCAGUAUUUAAAAGAUGUUUUGAAAAAACGUUUGAUCCUCGUUCCUUAUUGGGUGCAGUAUUGGCUGAAGACUCAGAUAGUGAAUAAGUGCAGUGAAACUUAUUAUUUAUUGUUUUUAUUAAAAACCGGUUUUCGUAAAAACUUGCCUUGUGUUCAUUAAAAACAAAGUAAA